AUGUCUGGAAGAGGAAAGGGUGGUGGGAAAGCUCGCUCGAAGGCCAAGUCUCGGUCGUCCCGGGCUGGCCUGCAGUUCCCGGUGGGCCGUGUUCACAGGCUCCUGAGAAAGGGCAACUAUGCUGAGCGUGUGGGUGCCGGAGCGCCGGUCUAUCUGGCUGCGGUGCUGGAGUAUCUGACGGCUGAAAUCCUGGAGCUGGCUGGCAACGCGGCCCGGGACAACAAGAAGACCCGCAUCAUCCCCAGGCACCUGCAGCUGGCCGUGCGCAACGACGAGGAGCUCAACAAGCUGCUGGGAGGGGUGACCAUCGCUCAGGGCGGGGUGCUGCCUAAUAUCCAGGCCGUGCUACUGCCCAAGAAAACCUCCGCUGCUGGAUCUGCUAAAAAGUGA